GUUUUUGGAGAAUGGGAUAGGCUGCUGUUAGGCUAUAGUAAAUACUAGGAUACGGUCACUCAAUCCACAACUGCAGCUCUUGCAACACAAAGUAUCAUGGCAAACAGCACUGUUAAGUGAGCAAUUGACAGAGUAGACUAUUAGAUCGACUGGUAUCGUGACCUUUUUAAUAAGUGGUUGUAGAAAGAGCGCGUGGGAGGUGGGGAAAGGAGUGGUGCGCAAAUUUCCUUUGCGGAUCAUAUUUUCACCAUAUUGCAACAACAUGGAGUCACAGACACAGUACACCCGAGAGGAGAUCAACAGCACGAUAUGGGAAGUGCCGGAGAAGUACACGCGAUUGAAGCAAAUAGGGACAGGGGCGUACGGUUCCGUAUGCUCGGUAAUAAAUGUGAAGACCAAUGAGAAAGUGGCCAUUAAGAAGCUUCACCGGCCCUUCCAGUCUGAGAUUUUUGCAAAGAGGGCUUAUCGGGAGCUUCGACUGCUCAAGCACAUGAAACAUGAAAAUGUGAUAGGGCUCCUGGAUGUGUUUACUCCUGCUGCUGGGCUCGAUGAAUUCACAGAUUUCUACCUGGUGAUGCCUUACAUGUUCACCGACCUCUCCAAAGUCAAAGGGCUUCUCACUGAAGACAGAGUGCAGUUCCUUGUCUAUCAGAUGCUGUGUGGACUAAGGUACAUUCACAAAGCUGGCAUCAUCCACAGGGUAAGUUGGCUGCGCCGUUGGUAACACCUCGCCACAGCAUCUUAUAACAGCUCUAUUUCAUUUGUGGCUAAUGAGAAUGUUAUUUUAAAGGCUGUGGCAGUAGAUCUUCGGUCCCGAAGAUCCGGCGAAUGUGUUUAUUUUUUUUUUAUCUACUUCAUGCACAGUCUCUGCUCUACUCGUAGAGAACAAGCUAAUCUGGCAAAUGGUGCUCGUUUAAUAAAGUUAGAACAAAGCUGAAUCAAUGUCUGCAAGAUCACACAAUGAUAAUAUUCUACAUAACAGAACCAGCUGUAAUAACAUAGUAUAUCUCCCAUGUGACCAUUAUUUUUCUAUUUUAUACCCCUUUAUCCAAUUGGUAGUUACGAUCUUGUCCCAUCGCUGCAACUCCCGUACGGACUCGGGAGAGGCGAAGGUCGAGAGCCAUGCGUCCUCCGAAACGCGACCCCCGCCAAGCCACACUGUAUUUGAAAGAAUCAUGGACAUUGAGUCAUUAUGGCUAACCCUGUCCUAACAUGUAGGAUGAGAAGGCCUUCUUUCUGAUAUGCCUCUGUCUCCAUGCAUGUCUAGAAUUGUAAAGACACACCCAUGUAUGUACUAAUGUGUGUAUUCAUUUGGAAUUAAUGGUGAAUGGCAGCGUUUGUUUGGGUAUAAACGAUAAGAGAAAUAGAGCAGGCCCACAGUGGAUAUGGAUAUGCAAUCAACAUCUAUGUAUUGUAUCUGCCCUUAAUGUCUUAAUCUCAGGCACGCAAGGGCCACCCUCAAUGUUUUUUGUUUGUCAAAUUUUUAUUUUGCAGGACCUGAAGCCUGGUAACUUGGCUGUCAAUCAAGACUGUGAAUUAAAGAUCCUGGACUUUGGUCUUGCUCGCCAUGCCGAGGCGGAGAUGACGGGCUAUGUUGUGACCCGCUGGUACCGGGCACCAGAGGUCAUUCUAAACUGGAUGCACUACACCCAGACUGUGGACAUCUGGUCUGUGGGCUGUAUCAUGGGAGAGAUGAUCAAUGGGAAGACACUUUUCAAAGGGAAAGACUACAUGGAUCAGCUGACUCAGAUCAUGAAAGUAACUGGAGUACCCGGACCUGACUUCAUUCAGAAACUGGACAGUCAGGAGGCAAAAAGCUAUGUGCGGUCCCUCCCUCACUUUCCCAGAAAAGACUUCUCUAAGUUGUUCCCCAGAGCAAGUGCACAGGCGAUUGACCUUCUUGAGAAGAUGCUGGUUUUGGAUGGUGAGACUCGGCUUACUGCUGAGAGUGCUCUGACACACCCAUAUUUUGAUGGCUUGAGAGAUCCAGAGGACUGUCCUGAGCCACAGCCAUAUGAUGACAGUCAUGACAAUGCCACGCUGCCUCUGGAGGAUUGGAGGCGGUUAUCCUUCAAAGAGGUGAAGAGCUUUGUGCCAUUCCCACGACGGGACUCCAAGAGGCGAAACACACUGACAAUUUCUCCAUGAUUCCAUGCUUGUGAUAUCAGAAAACAGUGCUACCACACACCAGCAAACGGCAGUAGGCCUUACUACACCAUGUUGCCCCUGAAACAAUCCUGUAAUAAUUAUUUUCCAAAGGAAGCCUGUGGUUGAAUUUUGUAUUGGGGAGUAUUGAGCUACAUUGUGCCGUCUGUCUCUUUUGGCCUAAUUUGUAAUGGUCGAUCAGUGUUUCAGCAGUCAGAUUGUUUCAAAUUUAACCCCACCUCCCCACCCAUCAGUGAGUUAGUACUUUGUUCCCGCUACGUAUCACAAUUGUUCAUGUUUUAUCAUACCUGAUGUUUAACGGUCUUACUGUAUGGUUUUCUUUUUCUAAUAAUUGAUAUAUUAAAGAUGAGUUAAAUGUUA